CGGAUGGCGGAAGGAGGCCUGCGCAGAUCCGGGGGGUAUUGUGCAGGAUGCUGUCCAAGGAGCCCGGGCCUUCUUGUUAACGGUGCUCCGCUGGCCGGAUAUCCGCUUCACGACGAUCACCACACCUUCUUGCCGCUCCCACUUCCGGUGAGCCAGCCAGUUGCAGCGAAAGGUUAUUGGCGUCGGGGCUGUAAGUCCGCCUGUCCCUCGCUGUCAGGAGCUGGAGCCGUUCCGGACGACCACCCAUCGCAGGCCUCCCUCCUCGCUGGUUAUUGGCAAGAUACUUCCAUUCAUUGGCGCACGAACCCCGCCAUCGCCUGCUUGAGUGGCCUCAUUUCAUCACAUCUGGCUUCCCACAGAAGUGAUGUAAGAGGGAACGAAACGUGAGCAGAUCUUCAGUUUAGAUCUUGGAGGUAUAUCCACUGUGGUUCUAAAUGGCUAUGAUGUAGUAAAGGAAUGCCUUGUUCAUCAAAGCGAAAUUUUUGCAGACAGACCAUGCCUUCCAUUAUUCAAGAAGAUGACAAAAAUGGGAGGUUUACUCAAUUCCAAGUAUGGCCGAGGAUGGGUUGAUCACAGAAGGUUAGCCGUGAACAGCUUUCGCUAUUUUGGAUAUGGCCAAAAGUCUUUUGAAUCUAAAAUUUUAGAGGAAACCAAAUUUUUCAUUGAUGCUGUUGAAACGUACAAAGGCAGACCUUUUGACUUCAAACAGUUAAUAACAAAUGCUGUUUCAAACAUAACCAACCUGAUUAUUUUUGGAGAACGAUUCACUUACGAAGACACUGAUUUCCAACACAUGAUUGAGCUAUUUAGUGAGAAUGUGGAGCUAGCUGCUAGUGCCUCAGUCUUCCUGUAUAAUGCCUUCCCGUGGAUUGGCCUCUUACCUUUUGGAAAACAUCAGCAGCUGUUCAGAAAUGCCGCUGUGGUCUAUGAUUUUCUCUCCAGGCUUAUCGAAAAAGCUUCUCUCAACAGAAAGCCUCAGUUACCUCAGCAUUUUGUUGACGCUUAUUUAGAUGAGAUGGAUCAGGGUAAAAAUGACCCAUCAUCUACUUUCUCCAAAGAAAACCUAAUUUUCUCUGUGGGUGAACUCAUCAUUGCUGGGACUGAAACUACAACCAAUGUGCUACGAUGGGCAAUUCUUUUCAUGGCACUUUAUCCUAACAUUCAAGGACAAGUUCAGAAAGAGAUUGAUUUAAUUAUGGGACCCAAUGGGAAGCCUUCUUGGGAUCACAAAUGCAAAAUGCCUUACACUGAGGCAGUUUUGCAUGAAGUUUUACGAUUCUGUAAUAUAGUGCCAUUAGGGAUUUUCCAUGCAACCUCUGAAGAUGCAGUUGUACGUGGUUAUUCUAUUCCUAAAGGCACAACAGUAAUCACAAAUCUUUAUUCUGUACAUUUUGAUGAAAAGUACUGGAAAGACCCAGAAAUAUUCUAUCCGGAGCGAUUUCUGGACAGCAGUGGAUAUUUUUCCAAGAAGGAAGCUUUGGUUCCGUUUUCCCUAGGAAGAAGACACUGUCUUGGAGAACAGCUGGCUCGGAUGGAAAUGUUCCUGUUUUUUACAGCAUUGCUUCAGCGGUUUCACUUGCAUUUUCCCCAUGAACUGGUUCCAGAUCUGAAGCCCAGGUUAGGCAUGACCUUGCAGCCCCAGCCCUUCCUCAUCUGUGUGGAAAGACGCUGAAAGGGCACGCACGAUGCCGUGUGGAAUGAGGCCAUAUGUUCACCUCACCCCUGAACCUAGUUUAAUCAUUGUAUGUGUUUGGACAAAAGCCACAGCAUCAGAAAGUUAACACAAAUGGUCUUUAUUUCAUUUUAUUUUUUAAAUGCAGAUUAUGAGAUUCUGGAUUACUUUUAAAAAAAUGUUUUUAUUGAUUUCAGAGAAGAGGGGAGAGGGAGAGGGAGAGGGAGAGGGAGAGAAACACCAAUGAUGAGAGAGAAACAUCGAUGGGUGCCCUCUACUGGAGAUCAAGGCCACACCUUGGGCAUGUGCCCUGAUAGGGAAUCGAACCAUGACCUCCUGAUUCAUAGGUCAGUGCUCACCCACUGAGCCACAUUGGCCAGGCCACACAGAUUUGAUUUUUUUCAAGCUUUUAUGACUUCUACGGUAGAAUUAUCUCUUGAGGAAAACAAAGGUGCAAAUGCCAGGUGUCGCUUAAGAUACUAAGAUUUGCCAUGGUUGCCUUAAGCAGAGCUUGACUUUUCAGCCUCUUGUUGAGCACCAGGAACCCCUCCUUCCAUCUUGCUCCUGUCCUGGGGCUUUACUUCCAAAUGCCAAUGCCAGCUCCCUUCUGGUCAGGUAUGUCAUUAAUAGUUUGUGUGGUACUAGUCCAGUUUAAUAGAGAACUAAAGGAGAAAUUAGAACUCAAAUGAGUUCGGACUACAGAGACAUUUUAGACAUGGUGGCAGAUGAUAGAAGAAAUAUCUAUGUAUUUAAUGUAGAACCUUCCAGUGCUCUCAAAUCUUGCUCCCUGCUACAUCUUCAUACUGAGUAUCCAUCCCCAAAGCAGCAGUUCUUACAAUAAUGUAUUUAAAAUAUAAACAAAAUGUAGCGAUUAAUUCUUGGUAGGCACAGAAAAUUUACAUAGUACCACUUUUUUCCAAAACCAGUCAUAGGGCUUAAAGAAUGAAUUCUUUUGGCUUUUAGAGGUUUUUAAGCAUUUCCAAAAUUACUGUUAUAUGAGGGACUUCCUACUGAUAAUUAUGCCAGGAACACAAGUGUAAACUGUGACUAUCCUGAUCAAACAGGUAUGUGUAUUCCAGUUAUAGGUUUCUGUUUUAAAAUCUUAAUUCUUCUAAAGUUGUACAUUAAGGGUUCAUGCUCUCAUAACUUGGCCCAUGAAUAGUUGCAGCCUCAGAGUAAGUGCACAGAUAGUGACUUCUGUUAAAAUAUGUUCCCUUUUUGUAUGACAUAGGGAAUAAGAAUGUAUGUGUGUAUAAAUAUGCACUAUGCACUUGUAUUUGAAUAAAAAGCACUGGCUAGAUUAAUGUGAACCUAAUGAAAAUGGUGAUUUCUAAGAGACUGAGAGAAAAGGGAAGAAGUGACAUCUUAGUGUGUUUGACUUCCAUUAAUUAAAAUUUUGAUUAUAUACCAGUAAUUAUAUUCAUUUAUAUGUAAUAUAUAAUAAAAAUAUGUAUAAAAUAUCUACACUAAUAAAAGAGAA